CCGGGCUCCCUCGCGAGGAGUCCCGAAAAGCCGCCGUCUGGAUGGCCAAAGCCUUCGCGCAUGCCCGUGAGCGGAAGCUUCUAAAACGUGUCGUGUGGAAUUUAACAUACUAAUUCCUCUCGCGGGUUGGAGCUGCAACGCCGGCCUUGACCAUCUUCUUCGGCGCCGCGCCUUAUGACUCAAACGUGGAGAUGCACGAGCGGUUCUGGUCCUCACACCUGAACCGAGUCGCCAUGUCCGGCAAAUUGAUCGGUGUCAGAGAAGACGGAGAAUGGCGCGGGUUCAGGGCUUUUUUUGAGCCGGGCAAAUCACGACUGCCCUACGUAUCGGAUUUUAGACUUGAUGACAAUGAUGACUGGGACCGCUUCCUUGAACUCUCGGGGGAGGAGCAGUACAUGGCUCGCAUCAAAGAAUGGGGCGAGAAGACGAACCGCACGAACGAAGAACUCGGGUUGACUCCGAGUGAGUAUUACACCACUUCAAUCAUUGCCGUCGAUCCAGCACAUCAGAGAAAGGGCAUUGGCAGCGUACUAGAUGAUUUUACGCGAAAGAUUGCACGAGAAGCGGGGAGGCCACUCCACGUCCGAAUUCAUGAGUACAUCUUACCAUUCUAUCUCGCGCAAGGAUAUCGUUUGAUCGCGACUCCCACGUACACUCUUGUGGGGUCAGCCCCUUUCAAGGUACACUUCUUGAUGUAUGAUGAAUAUGGGCAAAAGAAGGAUGCUUAAUUUAGGGUCUUUGAAUCGAGGUACGAUAAUAUGAGACAGGCUCCAAUAUGAAACUCGGUCUUGAGCCAUGGUGACUAUGGUGCAUCGUCUC